ACUACCGAUAGAGCUGUUAUGAAAUCAGCCAAUACAUUUGCAGUGCAGGUGCCUCCCACGUUAUCACCACAAUCGGUCGCUGCUGCUGCUGCUGCUUCUCCUCCUGAUACUUCACGUCGUGGGUAAACAGUGAGAGAAGAAGAGUGGACACACACGAGAACGAGAACAAUCGGCGUUGGUCUAAUCGGGGCCACGGGGGGGUAGUUUGUUGGUUGGUUGGUUAGUUGCUUAUUUUGUGUGUGCGCGUAAACAGCAGGGGAGCACGCGAGCCGGAAGAAGAGGUGUGCGAGCAGGAAUUGCACAUUUCGAGUCGGCACACGGGGGAAUCGGAUCAUCAUCAUCGUCAACAUAUACACGCACUCGCAAAGAGAGAGAGUGGUGUUGCGGUGUGUUUGUACGUACGUACGAGCGAUCGUCCGUCCGUCCGUCCCGUCGUCUCCUGGCCUGUCGGUGCGCGUGUUCUCUCUCUCUCUCUCUGAGUGUGUGUAUGUGUGAGUGAGUGUGUGUGUUUUCUCUCCAAUUUUACUAGCGGCGGCGGGCGAGAAGUGUGCGUUUGUUUUUUUGUGUGCGGUAUGUUAUAAUAUAUAUAUAUAUAUAUAUAACAACAUAUAUAUAAAAAAAAACGUGCCGUGGUGUGAGGUGGAGGAGAAGAGCCAUGUCUACGUAUUCUAGGACAUCGGAGAGUGAUGCCUGGGCGUUACUUGCACUCAAGUCGGCCCCUGCGAGCCCCUCGAAGGUGCAGUGGAGCCCCGAGGACAAGGGGGAGGCGAUCGCGCGCCUCGAGGGCCGCGAGUUCGAGUACUUUGUGCGUCAGAAUCGGAUCACGAUCGGCAGGAACAGCUCCAGGGGAGACGUGGACGUGAACAUGGGACACUCCAGUUUCAUCUCGCGGAAGCAUCUGGAGGUCUUCUUCGAUCAUCCCUAUUUCUACAUGAUGUGCAACGGAAAGAACGGCGUCUUCGUCGACGGCGUCUUCCAACGCAAGGGCGCCCCCUCCAUACAGCUGAAUAGAACGUGUACGUUCAGAUUUCCUAGUACAAAUAUCAGGCUGUCGUUUCAAUCGUUGGUGGACGAAGCUUCCGAUCCCGCCCCGAGGGUGCGCGAGGUGUCACCGGUGAGGGUGAGGGAUAGGUCGGGUGGAGGAGGAGGAGGCGGUGGUGGUGGUGGUUUGCAGCCGCUGCCACCUUUGAGAAUCAACAUCCCCGCAGAUUCGGACACGUACGGAAGUCCGUUUCCGUCGCCGACGGGCACGAUAAGCGCGGCCAACAGUUGUCCAGCUAGUCCAAGAGGUAAUCACGGCGGCGGUGCGCCCAUCAUCUUCUCAUCUGACCACGUUCAUCUCGCAGGUGGCCAUGGUCGGAGGAAUAUCUCAGCAGAUCUGCAGAUGGUCGCAGCGUACGCCGCUCAGGUGGCACAUCGCGACGAGGUCGCAGGUGGCGGCGGUGGUGUAGGUCACCACGCCCCCCAGAGCCAUAGUCCUGACCAUUACAGGCAACCCACAUCGAAUGGAAACUCAAUACCUCCGGUUGUGAUAAACGAUGGGUACGGCGCGAGCGGCGGAGGUGGAGGAGGCGGUGUCGUCGGUGGUGGAGGAGGAGGAGUCGGAGGCGGAAACAAGGACGACUCGAAACCGCCUUACUCGUAUGCACAGUUGAUAGUACAAGCGAUAGCUAGUGCUCAGGACAAGCAGCUCACGUUGUCCGGCAUCUACAGUUACAUCACCAAGCACUACCCUUACUAUCGCACCGCCGACAAAGGAUGGCAAAACUCGAUAAGACACAACCUAAGUCUUAAUAGAUACUUCAUAAAGGUACCUAGAAGCCAGGAGGAACCGGGCAAGGGCAGCUUCUGGCGGAUAGACCCGCAAUCCGAAUCGAAACUAAUUGAACAAGCAUUUAGGAGGAGACGGCAGAGGGGAGUGCCAUGCUUCAGAGCACCGUUCGGUCUUAGUUCCAGAAGUGCACCGGCUUCGCCCAGUCAUGUGAGCAUGUCUGGAUUGAUGACGCCAGAGUGCCUGUCCCGAGAGGGAUCGCCCGCCCCCGAGCACAUGCUCGAGGUCAGCCAAUCGGCGCCCGGAAGUCCCGGAACUGUAGCGUUCCCUGGUUCGUGUUCGAUGAUCGGUCAUCAGCAGAUGAACGCCCUCGUCGGUGCGACGAAGGCCCGCCUCCGUUUGCCUACGCGAGAGGAGGCGGAGUUCAUGCAGCAGGGCACCUCCGGUCUCUCCACCAACGGCCAGGAGCACAGGGAAGAGAAAUUCCACAUAGUUAGUUCGGGCAUCGUCGAGGAGAGAUCCAUGUCACCUGCGUCCUUCUCGCCGCAACCGGUGAUCGUGCAAACAGCUAGUUAUUCACCUUAUAGCAAUCAAGGUAUGGAUUUGAAAAGACAUAUGGAUGAGCAGAGCGUAGAGAGUCCGAGCAGCACGGGCGGCGACAAUCAGGACAUGCAGGAACCGGAAAUCAAGAGGCCGCGUUCCGAUCAGCACUACGAAACUGAAUAGAUAUGGUAGAUAUUGAUAGAUAGAGAGAGAGAGAGAUGCGGGAGGGAGACGACGAGAGAUGAGACGACAACGACAACGGAGAUCAUACGUACUAUGAAGAAAAAGAAGAAAAUACUAUAAAAAAAAAUAAAGAAGAAGAAGCGCUUGAGAAACACUUUAUUCUCAUCAAGAUAUAUUGAUUAUAUUUAUAAAAAGAAGCCAAAAAAA